GUAAAUAGGAGUAGCAGGACAGCCUGGAGAACGGGAAAGAAGACGUGGGAGGGGGCGCGGGGGAGCGAGAGAUUAUCUGGAAGAAGAGAGCGAGUGUGUUGGAGAGGGAGAGGGAGAGAGAGCUGGAGAGGCAGAAGCUGGAGGAGGAGAGGAGGAACACUGUGGGAUACACGGUGUGGAGGCUGAGGGAGGGAUUUCAGGAGAGGAAGGAUAGAGAGGAGGAUAGACUUAAAGGGACGAGUGCAGAGGGCGCGAAAGCUGCGCAGCCGGAGGUGAUCUGGAAAAGACGAGAGGAAGAGGAGGAAAAAGAUAGGGAUAGAGCUCGGCUUGGCGAUAGAGGUCCCACAAUCAUCUGGAGGAGGAGGGAAAGGGAGUGACAGGAAAAGAUGGGGAUGUGUCCGCUCUAAGUGCUUUCAGAUGUGUGACAGGACAUGAGGUGGCAGAUUCAGACGGUACAAAUAAACUUGCAUGUACUCAGACUUCAUGUAAUCUAGGUGCUAAAUAGUGUACAUCAGGUCCCUUUUUAUGUCUUGUAUGAAAUUAAGUGUUGAAUUUAAGUCUGGCUUAUAGUAAAAUGUGUAUUGUAUCAUAUUAAUAUAUGUAUAUGUACAAAAACUCGAGUUUCAUUUCAUUUUUCAUUAUAUAUUUAUUAAUAAUGUUGAAGGAAAAAUGAAACAUUUAGCUGCACUUUAGCUUCUGAACUUCAGAUUUAUCUUAAUAUUGUAUGCAUAAUUUCAGUUUUUACCAAUAAAUUGGGUAGUUUCAAAUCAAGUCAUAAUUAACAGACCUUCUAGAGGUCAGUGUAACCCUUGUAGUAGAUCCCUGGUGUACUUUUUUAACACCUGGACUAAAUUAAGUCUUUAAGCCAAACGAUGAGGAUAAUGUUGAUCAGUGCCAGUCUAAUCAUCACUGAACGCAGCAGUUUGAAUCAUUAUUAAAUGAUCCACAUUCACUGGAUCAGUACUUUUAGCAUAUUCCAUCCAUCUCUUCCCGCUCUCUUCCUCUCUCACUCUAUUGAUCCGUCUGUCUGACGGAAGCCUCCUCUCUGAGAGUCUCAGCUGCAGCUAAUAGGCUUUUUAUGGGAGUCUGUCAGACAAGAGCUAGUAGAGAGGAGCCCAGCACAUGCAAAGAGAAAUAAACAUGCACAUAAACACACUCGCAUGCAUAUAAAACAGUAGUACUAUUUCACACAUCUACCGAGAUGGAUUAUGUCUGGAGCACUUAUGUCUGACUACAUCAGUAACUUCAUGACAAUCAUUCUAUAUUUAGUCAUUCCUAGUGUCCUGAGAAGCUCUAUGCAGACUUAAGAUCUGAUGCAAAACCUACAAGCUGUGUAUGACGACAGCAGAAAACUUUAUUACAUUUUUUCAUCUGUCUUUUCGUCUCCUUUGGCAUCCUGUUUUUGAUACUUUCCGGACCUCUCUGGUGUGAUGAUGAAGGAAUCGGUAGAUGCAGAGAAAAAGAGGACUAUAAAAGACAAGCGAAGACAAGCUAUCGAUUGCGAUAGAGCGGCGUGGAGAGACAUUUAAGGACGUUUAGUGGACAACUAAGACGGCUGAGACGUCAUGGAGCUCGUCCCCAAAACCAAAUACACGCCCUUCAGGAGCGACUCCUUCAGCUCAACAGACGAGACUGCAUCCAAUCCCUCUCUCCCUUCUUCUGCCCCUCUCACCCCUCUCACCCCCCCUGGGAUCCCUCCUUCUCUCUCCUCCUCCUCCCUCACUCCCAUCCUCCCCUCUUCGUCUCCACGGCAGGCUGAAAACAGCCCCACCACCCUCUGCUCCUUUUUCCCCAGGAUGGGAGCCCUGCGGCUGGGUGUGUCUUCCACUCUGCUCCCAGGCCUGAAGGCCUCCAGCAGGCCGGCAAGCGUGCCAGGUGGUCAGAGAGGUUUGGGAGAGUCUCUGGAAGACACUCGGACCUCUGCUGCCAGCUCUUCUCCUCCUUUUCUUCUCCAUUCUCUAACAGCCCCAUCUCCUCCUCCUCGUCCCCCACAGGAUAUGAACCGGCUGGGUGGGGCCUCGCGGAGGGCCCGUGUGGAAGGGGGUCAGCUCGGCGGAGAUGAGUGGACGCGGCACGGAUCCUUUGUCAACAAGCCCACCCGAGGCUGGCUGCACUCGGACAGUGUGGUCAGCGCAUCUGGGGUCUCCUACACUGUCAGGUAUAUGGGCUGCGUGGAGGUGAUGCAGUCAAUGAGAGCGCUGGACUUCAACACCAGAACUCAGGUUACCAGGGAGGCAAUAUCAAUGGUGUGUGAGGCAGUACCAGGUGCCAAAGGAGCUCAGAGAAGGAGAAAGCCCUCCUCUCGUGGUCUCUCCUCCAUCUUAGGGAAGAGUAAUCUCCAGUUUGCAGGGAUGACAAUCAGCCUCACCGUGUCAACCAGCAGUCUAAACCUACUGGCAAUCGACUGCAAACAGGACACAGCAGAGUAUGUUGCCUACGUCGCCAAAGACCCCGUCAAUCAGAGAGCAUGUCAUAUCCUGGAGUGCUCAGAGGGCUUGGCUCAGGAGGUCAUCAGCACCAUCGGCCAGGCUUUUGAACUCCGCUUUAAACAGUACCUGAAGAACCCCCCCAAAGUGGUUACCCCUCAUGACCGGAUGGCUCCUUUCGAUGGGUUGGCCUGGGAGGAAGAGGAAGAGGACCUGCCUCCGCCUCAAGACUUUCCGUAUUACAAUAACUUCCCCGGUAAACAGGCUCCCAUUGGAGGCUUGGUUGACAUGAGGACCCGUCCUGGACACAGUACAGGAGCCACGCUGCCCUUUGGACAGCCCAGCCAGAACGAUAUUCACAAGCAGCCUCUUCCUCCUCUUCCAGUGGGUGUUAAGGAGGGAGGCUUGUUUGAUGACCCCUCAUACGUCAAUAUUGAUAAAUCCCGCCUCCCAGCGCCAGCAGCCAAUGGGAAUGCUACCAGAGAUGCAUUUGAUAUGAAGCCAUUUGAUGCUGCUUUAGUCAUGUCGGGAACAGUGGCGCCCCCUCUGGCUGAGCAGCUACAAAACGAGCCCUGGUUCCACGGUCCUAUAAGCCGCAGGCAGGCCGAAAGACUCCUGACCAAGGAUGGAGACUUCCUGGUGCGGGAGUCAAACACCACCCAAGGCCAGUACGUCCUCACUGGACAGCAGGGUGGUCAAUCGAAACACCUGCUUCUGGUGGAUCCAGAGGGAGUGGUGCGCACCAAAGACCACCGCUUCGAGAGCGUCAGUCACUUGAUUAGCUAUCACAAGGACAACCGGCUGCCAAUCAUCUCGGCAGGAAGUGAGGUGUGUCUGCAGCAGCCAGUCGAUCGCCGUGCUUAAACAAAAAACAAAAAAAGGCAGAUCUUUCUCCACCACACAUUUAAGAGAAACAAACUCCUCUAUUUCCUGCUAUUUUUGCCAGACUCUAUUAGAGAAAAACUUUUUAUUUUCUUCUUUUUUUAUCCGUUGGGAGUGUAAGAUAAUCAUAUCUUCACAGAAACAAAGAAUUUUGUACCGCAUCAAUUACCGGCCAUGAAAUUACCAAGCGAUGCAAUCAUUCUACUCAAGGACAAACGGACACGUCGCUUGAAAUAAGCGAUUAUAAAAAGCCAAACUAUGAAUGGAUCAUGUCCCAAACACGACUUCAUGUCUCAAAUUAUUCUUCGAGUCGAGAGUUGAUGUGAAUGCACUAAAAUUGCAGAACCUUUGAAGCACUCUAAAGAUUCACAUCUCGUGCAAUGGGCGAAAUCCAAAGAGUUUGUUUUUAGAGAGCAUUUUGUUGCGGCCGUUUGGAAAUCUUGCACUUCCGUGGUGUCCUGACUGCCUGAUGAAUAUGCAAAACUUUAAAGAGAAUCCAGAGCUCAUUCUCACGAUCCCCUUCCGCAUCUCAUGAAUCACAUCCAGAAUUCCCACCGGAAUAUCUCUGUUCUCAGUGUUCCCGCCAGGGGAUAACACACAGAAAUGCCUCUUAAUCUCAACCUCACAAUACCCUUUAUAGAAUUCCGAACGUGAGGAAUUUUGGUUACUUGGGAAGACCCCUGGACAUAUGUGAAAGCUUGUGUGGAUUUUUCCUUAUGCAAAUAAGCAGACGCUGUGAGGGACUUAACGCGGCCUGUUAUGAGAUACAACAAACUAGACUGUGGAAAAAGGGAACAUUCCCUUUCCACAUAACAUCAUAUAUCAGCUUGGGACAAAAGGGACAAGAGAAAAAAAAUGAAGUGCAAUGAGUGGACAUGGGUGUGUAAGCCUGAAUAGGACUGAAGGAUCGUAGUUUGAGAUCAGAUUAAAGCCUUUUUAUGAUGUCAUUUUAACUAAGUUUUUAUAUAUUUGUUGCAAUGAUGUCAUCUCGGUCAGCUGACGUCAUCAUUGGGAUGGUUUUAAUCUGGGAAAUAGAGGUUCUAUUUAUCUUGUGGAUGUCACUUCUGUUCGCAUUGACAAUCGAUUUCUUCAAAUAUAUCGAGUUGUCAGCUGCUUCUGUUUGUCCCGGAGACUUGAGUUACUGGAGAAAGCGUAAGGAGGCUAUGGUGUGUGUUAUAAAACAUGCGUCCUUUUCAAAGAUUCACUAUAAUCACUUUGCAUCUGAACAACAUGUAUAACAUAUAGGGGACACACCAGCCAAGAAGAGGAAAAGCGCUCCAAAUGAAUUGUGAACGUGUCUUUGCAGCCGCAAGUGCAGUUUCUGUUGAAGCCACAAACAGGAAACCACGUUUUUCAUCUUUGUUUGCUCUGAUAUUGAUCGUGCCUUUUUACCAAACACAGACACACCGAUAAAACACAGUCGCCUUUUUGUGAUUCUAUGGGUAAUCAUGACACUUUCUUUUCUGGGAAAAAACAACAACAACGGAAAAGAUAAUCAACUGCAAAAACGACACCAGUUUAGUGAGGCUCAGAACAGGUUUUGGGAAAGCAGUCUUCUGCACAUUAAUUCUGCUACGCUGUUUUUACUGUGCUAAGUUUAGUGCUGGUCUGUGGGUUAAAUAAAACUGCUUAGUAUCGUGUUAUGUUGCUUCAACUUCAGUAUGUGAAUAAACACCUUUUAUCUGUCAUUUAGUAACCAACAUUAGCUGCCCUGCAAGAGAACAUGUAAAUAAGCUUUGCCUAUGCUAAUAGCUGUCUAAAACCAGUCAUUCACUGUGUGGAUCUGUGUCUAAUGUAUCUGUUGGGAAUUUGUAAACUCGCAGGAAAAAAACAUGAAGGUGUAAGAUUUGACAUGCUCUCCUGAAGACAACGCAGUAGCAUUGUUUUUAAUCACACAAAUCUAUGUAAAUUGAGGAUUCACUUAGUCAGAUGUGCAAAGAACUUAUCUGGAUACUUUAUCAAUUUGAGAUGGGCAACUUUUUAAUUUUUAAUCUUUUUAAUAGAUGUCACUUUUGGACUUUGAGUCAGUGGUCAACAUUCAUUCCACAUUAUGAAUCCAGAUGGAUCCCAGCCGCAAAUGUAGAGAUGGUCCUCACUGCAGUACGCAAAAUCCAGAUCCUCCCACCUUACAUAUCCCUAAACCUACCCGUCUCCACCCCCUGAUCCCUAAACCCACCCGUCUCCACCCCCUAGAUUUGGAUCCAACCACGCCCCCUGGAUCUUGUGUUCUGCAGUGUGGGGCUACUGCAACUGUAUGUGACCAGCCUUCACGCUUAUGUGAAUUUUAUUCAAAUUAAUGCAUUGAAUGUUUUUUUUUUUGUUUUUUGUUUUUUUGCCAUCAGACUUUUUAUGUGCUCAUAGCACCACGGAUCUGUUCACUAACUGACAAAUGAAGAUUAAAGAAAGUGUGUUUAUGAGUCUGUGUGCGUGGAUGCAAACAUACACAGGGCUGGAAUAAUCUGGCUUUUACAACUUUGACUCGCCACUGAACUGUUUGCUCAUUUUCAUAUUUCACAGCGGCCUUUUGUUGCAUGGAAACACUUCCUGUUAUUGUGGUUACGGUGUCUAUUUUUUGUUGUGGUUGGUUGUUUGCUAUUUUCUAAGCCAAAGGCAUUUUAUUCUUCUUUGCCUAUAUAAAUGUUACUUUCUUUUUUUUUUUUCUUUUUUUUUUUUAAUACAUGUUUUUGAAUAUUUUAAUAAUUAUUUUCAUGUUGUUGUUCUUUGGGGAAAACAUAAAUGUUUACACCUGUAUCAAAUGAUCGAUUACAUAUAUAAAUACAUAUAUCAUU